UCCGUCGUAUCUGAGUUGGUCGCUGUAGCUUCACUCUGCUGCGGUUUCCUGUGAAGGAAGGGUUCAGGGUUUAUGCAGGAGAGAACCAUGGCGGCCACUGAGAUAGCGCGACAAGCGGGAGAGGGUGCACGUGCCGUCCCACUCUCUGGUCAUGUUGGCUUCGACAGCAUGCCGGACCAGCUGGUCAACAAGUCCGUCAACCAUGGCUUCUGCUUCAAUAUCCUCUGUGUGGGGGAGACGGGUUUGGGAAAGUCCACCCUCAUGGACACCCUGUUCAACACCAAAUUUGAGGGUGAACCUACACAGCACAAUCAGCCUGGAGUGCAGCUCAAGUCCAACACUUAUGAGCUGCAGGAGAGCAACGUUCGUCUCAAGCUCACUAUGGUCAACACUGUAGGCUUUGGAGAUCAGAUCAACAAAGAGGAUAGUUACAAGUCUAUUGUGGAGUUCAUCGAUGCUCAGUUUGAAGCGUACCUUCAAGAGGAACUGAAGAUUAAACGCACUCUACACAGUUAUCAUGAUACACGGAUCCACGCCUGUCUGUAUUUCAUCGCUCCCACUGGACACUCGCUAAAGUCCCUUGACCUGGUUACUAUGAAGAAGCUAGACAGUAAGGUGAAUAUCAUCCCUAUCAUUGCCAAAUCAGAUGCCAUCUCAAAGAGUGAACUGGCAAAGUUCAAAAUCAAGAUUACGAGUGAGUUGGUUAGCAAUGGUGUCCAGAUCUACCAGUUUCCCACCGACGAUGAGACUGUGGCAGAGAUCAACUCAACCAUGAAUGGUCAUUUGCCUUUUGCAGUAGUGGGAAGCACUGAGGAAGUGAAGAUUGGGAACAAGAUGGUGCGAGCACGCCAGUACCCCUGGGGAACCGUCCAGGUGGAGAAUGAGAAUCACUGUGAUUUUGUGAAGCUGCGAGAGAUGCUGAUCAGGGUCAACAUGGAGGACCUGCGAGAGCAGACUCACACUCGCCACUAUGAGCUAUACCGCCGCUGCAAGCUGGAGGAGAUGGGAUUCAAAGACACCGAUCCCGACAGCAAACCCUUCAGCCUCCAGGAAACAUACGAGGCCAAGAGGAAUGAGUUCAUGGGGGAGCUGCAGAAGAAAGAGGAAGAGAUGAGGCAGAUGUUUGUCCAGAGAGUCAAAGAGAAGGAAGCAGAGCUGAAAGAGGCAGAAAAAGAGCUUCAUGAAAAGUUUGACCGUCUCAAGAAGCUUCACCAGGAUGAGAAGAAGAAACUAGAGGACAAGAAGAAGUCUCUCGAUGAUGAGCUGAACGGCUUCAAGCAGAAGAAGACGGCCGCUGAGCUGCUGCAGUCACAGGCCCAGCAGGCAGGGAGCUCCGCCACACUCAAGAAGGAUAAAGAGAGGAAAAACUUCUUUUAACUCUGUCUUGGCCACCCGUUGGAAGAGGGGAUUGCAGCUUCCACGAGAACUAAGCGUCCACUCUUCUUCCUGUCUUUUUCACUCCGUCAGCCUUGUUUGAAUGUUUUAUUUAAUAUAUAAUUUUUUUUUUUUUUUUUACUUUCAUGCUGUGUGCCCUGUUGAACAUGGCCUUAUGUGGGCUUAACAUGGUAUUUUUUCAACAAUUAUUAGCGCUGUUUUCUAAUUAGGGCAUGCCAAGCAGUCCCUCAUUAGUAUUUUUACAGACAUCAUUUGCUGGUGACACCAGAGCCAAAGCUCUGAUAGAAAGGCUGUUAACUAAAGCAAUGCUUUUUUGAGUUUUAGUUUAGCAUUUCACAUCUAUGAUAUUGCCUUGUUCAAUUAAACUGUUUAGUUUCUUUUAUGGAUAUGUGUUCGUGAAUAAACCUGCAUGUACUCAUCAA